CGUUUCCAGAGUUUACGAAGCUUGCGUACGCGACUUUUCAACGUUACGUCCAGUUUAUAGUAGCGAGGGUUUUCCGCGUAUCAGCUCUCCCAGCAAAUGUAUACCGUAGCAGGCCCUGUUUAUUUGUAAAUACCGAGCCUCUUACUUUCAGCCGAAUUCUCGAAUCCGUAUAUAGAGCCGUGCUUGCGGCUUACUCAUAGAUAUACGAGUAUAAUACUUGUCACUUCUCGUCGUGCUUUUCUAUUAUACGCGAUGAAAAGCAGAGAUACAGCGAUCUGAGAUCGAUCAUCGAAUCCGCUCUCUUCGAUGCGAUGUGCCGCUUCCGGCCGCUAAUUAUGUAAGAGAACAAAGUUGUUGUAAUUUAAGCACUAUGCUGAGAAUACAGAAUACAGAAUAAUUCCAAGCGUCAUCUGCUCUCGACUCGUGCUUUCAUCUUUAUCGCGUCUCCUGCGCCCCCCCCCCCCCGCCGUCUCCGGCCUUACCGUGCACCGAUACGCGGAGGCUCAGCUUCGGAGCCCCCAAGCUCGCUGCAUUACCGACUCUGCUCGCCGGGUAAGGAGGCGCGUACGUCUGUAACCCGAGGAAUUCGUCGCGUUUUCGAGAAUCGCACCGCCUGGCCAGAGCCGCGAAAGUCUGUAACGCGCUUCUCUCGCAAGCCUCUCGACGCAGUGCUCAUCUCGCGGCGCAGCGCGCAGGACCGGCGCCUAUUGAUUUUUGCGCGCGCGACUCGACUCGCCGUGCGCCAGUGCAGUGCCAGGACUGCGGCGUGACGACGUCGGCCUCGUGGCCCCGGAGCAGGUGAGUUUGCCUCUCGUGUUUACACACAACAGUCCCGCAAUUCCCGGAAGCCCGAAGAGCGUCGCGCGGCGCGCAAUAAAUAGCGGGUCAGUGUCGCGCUCGCCAUGAGCGGAUCGAGCUCAGCCGUCGCAGAAUGGAGCAGCUGGGCAAGAAAGCGACCUGGACCCGACGGCUGGGCCUCAUCCUCUGCCUCGCUCUGCUGCUGGGCCUCCUCGUCUUCGAGAGCUCGUGCGGCCUGCUGCAGCGCCAGCCGCGCCGGAGCAGGCCCGGCCGGGCCCCACAGCCGCCGCCGGAGGAGUCCAGGGUCCAGGAGAUCUCGCUGCUGGUGCAGGAGGGCCCCGACAGCUCGGGCGUGAGCAAGGUCCAGCUGGUGCCGCUCUGGCCCAACAACGACACCUACAAGGAGGCCGCCGAGGGCCCGGUGAAGUACAAGGUGCUGCGCCAGCGGGGCCUGAUAGCCAGCAGGCAGCUGCCGAGCGCCCUGAUAAUCGGCGUGAAGAAGGGCGGCACCAGGGCCCUCCUCGAGUUCAUGCGGCUGCACCCGGACAUCCGCGCCGCCGGCUCCGAGGUCCACUUCUUCGACCACCACUACUCCAAGGGCUUUCACUGGUACAGGCACCGGAUGCCGGCGACGCUCGAGGGCCAGAUCACGAUGGAGAAGACGCCGUCGUACUUUGUGACGGCGGAGGCGCCCCGGAGGGUGCAGCUGAUGGAGCCCGGCACGAAGCUGAUCGUGGUGGUGCGGGACCCGGUGACCAGGGCCAUCUCCGACUACACGCAGGUGAAGAGCAAGCGGUUGGGCAUGCCGCGCUUCGAGGAGCUGGCCUUCCUCAACGGCUCGAGCGUCGUCGACACGAGCUGGGCCCCGCUGCGCAUCGGCGUCUACGCGAAGCACCUCGAGCGCUGGCUCAACUACUUCCCCCUCUCGCAGCUGCUCUUCGUCUCGGGCGAGCGGCUGAUCGCCGACCCGGCCCUCGAGAUCCGCCGGGUCCAGGACUUUCUCGGCCUGAAAAGACUCAUUUCCGAGAAGCACUUUUACUUCAACGCCACCAAGGGCUUUCCCUGCCUCCUCAAGUCCGAGGAGCGCGCCACGCCGCAUUGCCUAGGCAAGAACAAGGGCAGGAGCCACCCCUUCAUCGAGCCGACCGCCAUCCAGCGCCUUAGAGACUUUUACCGGCCGUUCAACCGACGCUUCUACCAGCUCACGGGCAUAGACUUUGGCUGGCCGUGAGACGUCCUCGCACGCGUCCACCCGCACAACGAACGCUCGAAUCAGAGCGCGCGCUAUUUAUUAACUAACGAUAAACAUACGCGAAUAGUCAAUUGCGCUCCGAGCAUUGCAAAUUAGGAAAAGUAUUUCGGUGCCUGUACGCGCGGUAAACCUGUCCUUCCAGAGAUCUGUGUUGUGCGCGCUAUUUUAGACAUAUCGUAGAGAGAGAGAGAGAGAGAGAGAGAGAGUGCGGUCGGGAGCCCUUUUGGCCCCGGCCCUCGUCGAGGCGCGAGCAUUUUAUACGAGAUCUAGUACUUUUUGCCGUUGUUGCACACGCUGUUGUUACUCGCGCACUGCCGACGCGAGCGGUUUGCCGAAACGAGUAGCGAAUAUUUGAGGUAUUGCAUUGCAUAUCGGACGAUACGACGAGGUCACGUCAUACUUUCAAUCCAAGGUUUUGCGUUUCGUUUCGGCGACGAGCUGCGAAUCGUUAUAAUAACUCGCCGAUAGGCAAAUUCGUUCUCUAAUCGUGCUGCACUUGUACAUUCUAAUUUAGGCUAGAGAGAUGUUGUACUCACGCACGAAACUACUGUCACACUGUACUUGCUACUUCUACUACUACUACUACUACUACUACUACUACUAUUGUUACUUCGAUGUAUAGACCAAAGAGAUUGCUCUUAAUAAACUCGAUUUGCAUCGGA